GUUGGCUUUGGGCUGCCUUCAUCAAGGUUCAUUUGUCUGUUGGCGGAUCAGAAAGCAGGAAGGAAAGCACGAUUUCUGUGUCCGAACAUAAUGCUACCGGAAAUAAUGUACAUACUACAGGAAGUGGGCAGACCCGUUUCCCUGCAGGAUAUUUGCACCCGGCUGGACGAGCUUGGCACAGCAAAAUGGAAGUCUAAGGACGAUUGUUCGCGGUCCGGAGCAAUCUUUAGCGCGCUGGACCAGGGUAUCGAGUUCGGUUUCAUCGUGGGCGAUAACCGGCGCCGAACGUUUAAGCUCGGUGUCAACUAUUUUCGCUUCGAAAACUAUCACUUCAACAACAAGCUGCAGAUGCUGAGCGACGACAUAGCCCAAUACGGGCUGAACAAAAUUCUUUGCAACAAGGAGCACCUUUUCCAGUCGGACAUCAGCGAUGACAGUACGGAGUUUGGCGACGAGGCCGCUUACGAUACGGACGAUGAGCGUACACCGACGCCGAAAAAGAAAAAGAUUAAUCUGGACGAAACGGUUUCGAGGGGCCGUGCCAAGAGGCGAACUUUUUCCGGCGGAUCGACGCCAAAGCGAACCUCUAAAAAUGCAAAAUAAACGAAUGAGUUAAAACCACCGAGAA